GGGAACUGCGCCUAGUUAGUGUAUAGGUUGGUUGCCGUAACAACCGGUGGCGGUUCGUUGGUUAUGGCUUCCAACUUUAAGAAGGGUAACAUGACAUCAAGUACCCAGCGAAAAAGGAUGAGUCCUAAGCCUGAGCUUACUGAAGAACAAAAACAGGAAAUCCGGGAAGCUUUUGAUCUCUUUGAUGCUGAUGGAACUGGGACCAUAGAUGUUAAGGAACUUAAGGUGGCAAUGAGGGCCCUCGGCUUUGAACCCAAGAAAGAAGAAAUCAAGAAGAUGAUAAGUGAAAUUGAUAAGGAAGGGACAGGGAAAAUGAAUUUUAGUGAUUUUUUGACUGUAAUGACUCAGAAAAUGUCUGAGAAAGAUACCAAAGAAGAAAUCCUGAAGGCUUUCAAGCUCUUUGAUGAUGAUGAAACUGGGACUAUAUCGUUCAAAAACCUGAAACGUGUGGCCAAGGAGUUGGGCGAGAACCUGACUGAUGAGGAGCUACAGGAAAUGAUUGAUGAAGCUGACCGAGAUGGAGAUGGUGAAGUCAACGAGCAGGAGUUCCUGCGCAUCAUGAAGAAGACCAGCCUGUACUGAGGUCGGCAUCUUCCACUGCGAGCACAUGCAGCAACAGUAGUGCCUGCCAUUGUGUGAGAUUUGGCUUUUGAGAACCCAAACUAUUUUUCCCUUAUUGACCUCCCUGUAUGAGUUUAGUAGUGACCUCGAAUCUAUUUUAGACUUUUUGGGGAAGUGUUCUUUGAUAUUACAGUAAAAUGACAUGCUGGUGAAUUUUCAAACAUAAAACGAGAGCACAUUAGAGUGGAGAAGGGGUCUUAGGCUUUGAGCACCUGCCAUUUUGCCUUGUGUUGUUUCAUUCUUGCCAUGCUUUCCCACCUAUAUGGAAACACAGAAUGACUUCUUAGACAAGCACAUAUUGUACCUGUGUCACCACAAGCACUGGGCAUUCUUCAGUAGUUCCAGUUUUUAGUUGAUGCCUGAAUGUAGUUUUCUCUCACAAAAAUGAGUGGACUCUAGCACUGGGAUUUGGAUGUGCGUUACUGCUAUUUUGUUUUAACAAUAAAACCUUUCUUAGUUUCAA